AAUGUUCUGUGUUUCUCAAAGGGGUGUUUUGUCCUGUUUUUAGCUUCUGUAGUGAGAGACGGAUGAAACCCUGCUGUUUUAUACAGUGUUAAUGUCUUUCUUUAGGUGUCCAGUUCAUUAUUAUUAUUUUUAUUUCGGGAUAUUUUAGAGAGAGAGAGAGAGAGAGAGAGAGGUUAAAGCUAAAACCCCCUCCCUUUAAAUACCUCUCACCGGGCAACGCUUUUUAUUUUAGAUCACCCUUCUGAUUACAUAAGCACAAAUUUCUGCAUUUCUAUUUGGAUUUCAUUUACUGCUUUGGUGGAGGAGGAAGUAAGAAAGAAGGGAGAAAAAGGACAGACAGACAGACAGAGAGGAGAAAAGAGAGAGAGAGAGGAGAGAGAGAUUGCCUCACCACCCCCGUGUAAAGGAAAUGCCCAUCGCGGCUACUGGUGCGCCGCCAGCAACUCCCGAGCCCCGUGUGCGUCCCCGCGCCCCUGCCGGCGCCGAGCGUGUGCCCAAGCGCGCUCCAGAAGGCGAGUACGGCGCCCCGGAGGCGGCCCUAGUGGCAGACAGACUACCCAGCGUGCUCGGCGUUUCCGCCUCCUCAGCAGCCACUUCUCUCCCUUCUCUCCCUUCUCACCCUUCACACCCUUCUCACCCUUCUCCCCCGGCGCUCUCGCCUCAGCUCAUGGCCACCGAGCCGCCCAGGACUCGGUCCCGCUCGCGCUCCGGAUUCUAUCAGAGCGCCGGCGCAAACGGCGGCGCAGGGAGUUCAGGCGCAAACCUCCACCAUCAUCAUCUUCAUCAUCAUCAGCAACAGCAGCAGCAGCAUCAGCAUCAGCAGCUCAGCGGCGCAUGCGCAGUGCUCGGCGCUCACGGACACCCGGAGAACCUGCGGCCGCCCGCCGGCAUGCUUUCCCCGAGCGGACACCGGCAUCCAGGUCCCGGAGCGCACAGGAGCCCAGGAGGAGCAGGAGCGAUGGGAGGAGUGUAUCACUAUCAUUCCGAGCCGUCCUGCGCAGAUGCCACAGAUAAGACGGAGGACUCCCCCAGUCCGAAACGCCAGCGGCUUUCGCAGCAGUCUGUGCUAGAGCUGGCCUCGGCCCCGCCCUCCACGCCUUCGCCGCCCAUCAGACCGUGGGAGCUCCCGCCCAGUCGUAGACCACACCCCUAUCCUCACUCACACUACCACUCGGAGCGCUGUCACACACCCGCCAGGCACAGACGCAGCCCUCCGGCGCGGCGUCAGCGUGCCCGGCGCGAUCGCCUCUCUCGGCUCCAUCACGGUUCCCCUGGCGGCCCCCAGGACGAGAACUACCGCCACCCUCCUCACCCUCACACACACCCUCUUCACUCGUACGGCCCCGCCGUGCCCCCUCACCCGCCGGCAGGCACCGACGAGCCCCGCGCCUUCCACCCUCCUGCUCUGUCGCCACGGUUACUGCAUCCGCAGCAGCAAGGCACCGUGGUUAUGGACCUCCACGAGCAGCUUCCUCAGGGUACAGUCCCCGUAUCGUACACCGUGUCUCCGGUGGCAGCCCACGCCCUCCCGCCUCCUCUCUGUACGGGACAGCAUAUCCCAGCAUGCUCCUCUCAGCAGCAGGUCCCCGCCUGCUCAGUGGUCUUCAGCAGCCAGCAGCACUACCCUGUCUGCCCACCUCCGAUGCUGCCUGCGUGUUCGGUGCAGCACUUACCCGUGCCGUACGCGUUUCCGUCACUGCUUUCCAGCGAUUCGGCCUUCCUACUCCACCCGCCACACCACCUCUCGCACCAUCACCACCCGCCUCACCUGGCCCCGCCCACACACUUCCUGCCCUUCCAGACACAACAGUCAAGAUCACCACUACAGAGGAUUGAGAAUGAGGUGGAGCUGCUCGGAGAUCACCUGCCAGUAGGAGGCAGCUUUAACUACGCCCACUCGGGCCACCCCAGCCCCCUGCCUCCGUCCACACCGUUGCAGUUCCUCUCUCACGAUCCCCUGCCACAGGAGCUCUUCGGAGUGCCGUAUCCACACUUCAUGCCUCGACGCCUCACGGGUCGGCGCUAUCGUUCGCAGCAAGCCGUGGCGCCGCCCACGUAUCAUCCCAGCCUCCUUCCAUACUUCCUAUCUGUUCUUCCAGUGCAGCCUACAGCAGUGGGGCCUGCUAUCAGCUUAGAGCUGGACGUCGAUGAUGGAGAAGUGGAGAAUUACGAGGCUCUGUUGAACCUCGCCGAACGUCUCGGGGAAGCCAAACCACGCGGCCUGACAAAAGCUGACAUCGAACAGCUGCCUUCCUACAGAUUCAACCCCAGCAACCACCAGUCCGAGCAAACCCUGUGUGUGGUGUGCAUGUGUGACUUCGAGUCCCGACAGCUGCUCCGAGUCCUGCCCUGCAAUCACGAAUUCCACGCCAAGUGUGUCGACAAAUGGCUCAAGGCUAACAGAACCUGCCCUAUCUGCCGAGCCGAUGCCUCCGAAGUCCAGCGUGAUUCCGAGUGACCGAUCCCGACCCGUUUCAAUCCUGCCCCAUCUCACACACACACACACACACACACACACACACACACACACACAGACACACACACACUGCAUACACAUGCUCGCAUACACACCCCGUCCCACCAGUUUCCCCUGGACUUUUUCUCCAUCUCAACACACUGGACUUCCUUUGAGAAUUAUACACACACACACACACACACACUUUUUUUUUUUUUUUUUUUUUUUUUCUUAUUCUUAACAGUAAAAGUUCUGUGACUAGCUCUUGCAUCACAUUGUCGUUCUUUUAAAAAGCAAGCACAGAUGACUGAACACACACACACACACACACACACACACACACACCCGCACAAUCCAAGAAUCCAAAGACGGUUCUCUGUUCAAAUUCGGACACACCAUCACUGCCAUUUCUCUCAUCUUUAUUCUUUUAUUUGUAUAUUUUAUUUUCUUCAGGUGGGUACAGGGUGGCCGAGGUCAUCAUUUUGCGAUUUGGAGUGUGUGUGUGUGUGUGUGUGUGUGUGUGUGUGUGUACUAACAUUCCCGAGCGUGUGAAUUUAGCUUGUAUGAGGAAGCGAAUGCCAUGCUGUGUGCAUGUCCUUUCCCCCCAGCCUUUUUCUUUAUGAAUAAAAAUAUUGCAUAUAAAUGUAUGUAUGUAUCAAUAUAGAGGGACAGAAUAACACAAAAAAAAGAAAUUGUGUUCUUUUCUUCCAAAAGUGAGGAAAAAAAUUAUCUAUAUAUUUAGAUGGGUGGGGUUUGCUCAAUUAUGAUCUAGCAGUCUUAUAGAAUUGGAAUACUGUGAGCUUUUGUGUGUGUGUGUGUGUGUGAGAGAGAGAGAGUGUGUUGGCACACGUGUGUGUCGGUGUAUCUUUUGGUUACUCGUGUGUUAUUUAUCCUGUAUGUGUGGUACAGAACACUGGCUUCCCGGUCUCACGUCUGCUCUCGUCUCUCAUUGGCUGCAAAUGCUCGCGUGUGAUUGGUCAGGAGGCGCCUUAAGAGCAGAAUUUUAUUUUUAUUGGCUCUCCUGCCUUAAGAGUCCGUUUUUCUUUCUUUUCAAACACCCCACCGUUAUCCUGGAAAAAGGAUGUAGUCUUCCUUCCAUAGCAGUCUUUAUUAUUUAUUGUUUUAUAUUUUUCAUUUUCAUUUUUUUUUUUUAAAAAGAAAAAGAACCUCUAUCGUUUUGGCAGGUUAUUGUCACACAUUUCCACGUAGCAUUUUGAGGAAGAGAGAAACCUUAAUGGCGAGCUUGAGGACGAAGUCGUUUAUCAUCCAUUCACGACACGAAGACCUCGUUGUCGAUGGCGAUCCCAUCUUCAUUGCUAAAAACGCCUGUUAGCAUUAUCUUACGCAUUAAGAAUGUAGCUCUCAUUCAGUUUGUCAUUUCUUUCAUAUGUAACUAUAAACUUUAAACUCCUUGCACAAAAACACAUCGUUUUUUUUGUUUGUUUGUUUUGUUCAGAGUGAUCAAACAACCCCGCCCUCAAGCUCUUUCCAGUUUCCUGGAUUCAUUCCGGCUUGUUAGGUUUGUCGAAAGGUGCUCUUUUAAACAAAAUGCACCACAGCCCAGAGAUUUUGCCCAACAAUUUUUCAAAAUGGAGUCAAUCAGCCAAGAGAUAUUUGCUGUUCCACCUACUUCUUUAGUUUUCCACUGGAGCCUUUAGACCUUGCGAGGUGGAAUUGGAACUGCUAAGGGUUGCUGCAUCACAGACGCCUACAAUUGGCUAGUGUCGCUGUGAUGGACAGGGGAGAGAGUAGGUCCCUCCCACUCGGAGAGCACGGCCAGUUUUGCUCUCUUGGACCUCCGGCCCACGGAUGUCUGUGGCACCUUCGUUCGAUCUCACGAUCUUCUAACGUGUAUCUUCAUGGUUACGUUUUGAAAAAAACGGAAGUUGUUUGAGGAAAAACUUUUUCUUCAAGAUUUGUCUUGUAGCUCGAAUGCAAAACUAAAGAGUCAGGAAAAAUCUCAACUGAUUGACUACAUUCGGUGAAAAAUUAGCUUGUUUGCCAAACCGCUUCUUUAAGAUCAAGUUAAAGUGGAGAAAUUGGGAGAGAGAAACAGAUGUACACUUUCAUUUUGAUUUCAUGCUCAGCACUACAUCAUUCAGCACUUAGCAACGUUUACGAAAAUUUGCAGUUCAACUUUCUCACAUCAUUAUAAAGGUAAAAUCAGGUAGCACAGGGGUGUGUGUGUGUGUGUGUGUGUGUGUGUGUGUGUGUUAGAACGGCACGUUUUUAGAAUUAUGCAUUAUUCCCUGUUCAUCACAUUUUAUUAUAAAAGUAACACACAAUAAACUAGUUUCCUUUCCCAGUCUCUCUCUCUCUCAUAUGUCUCUGAUCCUCUGUGUGUGUAAUAACCUGCCAUAGACGCUUCAUAGGAUUAUCAUAACCAUAACCAUCCCUGCCUCGACCUGGGUAUGUGUGCGCCAGUGAAAGUGUGAGCGAAGUGUAAUAAACGGUUACAUCGUUAAGCUCUCGUAGCUCGCAAACCCGUAGUGUCUUAACUGCAGAUGCCUUUCAGCCGUUCUCCAGCAUCGUCCAGUUCAGCGUCAUGUAUCGCGCCGCAUCGUAUCGCUGAUACACUGAUCGCAACAUCACAAUAUUCCUCUCGUUUGUCUUGGAUCACUUUACUAAACCCGACGUUUUACUUUAUAAUGUAUGUAUUUUCCCUCCUGCUUGGUACAAUAGCAGUUACCUCAUUUUUACUAUUUAUGGUGUUCUUUUUUUUUUUUCUUUUUUUUAUUUUUUGCUAAACGAAUAUGAGAGCUUCUGAUCCUUUUUUUUUUUUUUAAUGGGUUUUAAUUUGUUUUCCAUUAAAAAUACAAUUGUAUCGUUUAACAUGUAGUUUCUUAUGUAUAAUAUCUGUAACCAAAAUCAUUUGAAGGCUUGAUAUAAAAAUUUUUAACAAACA